AUGGUCGCUUUCUCUUCUCUCCUGCUCGCCGUCUCCGCCGUCACCGGCGCGUUCGCUGCCCCCGGCGACUCGUCGCUGGUCGAGCUGGCCAAGCGCGACCAGGGCACGAACAACGGCUACUUCUACUCGACCUGGUCGGACGGUAACGGCGACGUGAGCUACACCAACGGCAACGGCGGCCAGUACAGCGUCGACUGGAGCGACGCCGGCAACUUUGUGGUCGGCAAGGGCUGGAACCCGGGUAGCUCCAACGCCAUCACCUACAGCGGUACCUUCAAGCCCAACGGCAACGGCUACCUGUCGGUGUACGGCUGGACGCGCAACCCGCUGGUGGAAUACUACAUCGUCGAGAACUACGGCGACUACAACCCGUCGACGGGCGCUGAGCAGAUCGGCAGCGUGACCAGCGACGGCAGCACGUACAAGAUCUACAAGACGACGCGCACCAACGCCCCCUCGAUCGAUGGCACUGCCACCUUCACCCAGUUCUGGUCCGUCCGCGACAACCUGCGCACCGGCGGCACCGUCACCGUCCAGAACCACUUCGACGCCUGGGCCAAGUCCGGUCUGUCGCUGGGCGAGCACAACUACCAGAUCGUCGCCACCGAGGGAUACCAGAGCAGCGGGUCUGCGGAUAUCACCGUGCAGUAG